AUCCGCCGGCCGGGCAACAAUCGGAACGGCCAAGUUCCGGCCGUGGAUCGAGUGCAAAAGUCGCGCAGAGAGAGAGAAGGAGAGGGCUGUUGUCUAACGAUCUACCACUGUUUUCCCAUUCUUGGCGAAUUUCUAAAGUGGUGCGUAGUUGGCGACGUCGCUGACGUACACGGAGGGAUCAUGGGUCCAACGUGUCAUCUGACAAUGGUGAUCGCGCUGUUUCUUCAGACGGCCACGCUACACGCCCAUCGCGAGCACAAGGUGCACAACAUCGUGCUGUAUCCCGACAAGCACAGCUGGUGCAAAACGACCCCGAUAAAGCAAGUGGUCACGUGGCCGCAGUGUUCCUCGCAAGAGCUGGAUAACAACGUCUGCGUGGGAGCUUGUUUCUCUUACAUGGUACCGCACAGCGAACCUUCUGCACCCGGUGACCUGAUCAGACCUUAUUGCGACUCUUGUCAACCUUUGGACAGCAUCUGGCACACGGUGACGCUGGACUGCAAAGAUGAAACGAACAACCCAAUCACGAUGCAGAAGAAAGUCCAGAUCAUCACCAACUGUUCCUGCAGCUCCUGCAUGGAAACAUCCAGGAUCAAACCGGACUACAACACUCUCCUUCAGUCAUUAACCCAAGAGAAUUUGGACAAGAACGUCAACGUCCCUCGCGAGACGCCGGAUCUCCUGGAGAAUCCCAACUUGAACUCCUCCAAGAACACCAGCAAGGACGGUGUCCAGGCUAACGAGAGAUUCAUGCAACUCUUCAAACAACUGAAGGACUCCGAGAAGUUGGAGCAGUCUGGUACUAAAGAGCUGUUCUCCAAGUUCGACGAGGACAUCGAUUUCGACAAACUGCGAGAGUUGUUGGACAAGUACGGGCAAGAGGAGGAGAAGCAGCACACCCAUCGGCACGUGCAUCAACAUCAGCAUCAAUCGAGUGGGAAACAGCAGCAGCAACAGCAACAGCAUCAGACUGUGCUUCAUCGAGGACCGCAUCACUCGAUGGUUUUAGAUCCUGACGUGAAGGAGAAGAUCGUUGUCGAGCCACCUUAUCUUCACCCAGCUGUUCCUGGACAGGAGAUCAGCUACCACGACAACGUGUUGGGGGAUAAAGAUAAGAAGAAGGAUUUCUGAACGAUGGCGGAUGGAGAAAAAAAAAAAAAAAAAAAAACGCGUGGCUGAUAGAAUUUCGAGUAAAGUUGGCAUUCGGCGGAUGAGAUCAUUUCUUUUUUCCCAUGUUUGUUAAGAUUCUUUCGUGACCUAGUCCAGAGUCUCGUAGUAAAAUUCGUUCGGUUUGAUUUAUUAUUAUAGAAAAUAAGACCCAGAAUGUCUAACAAUGCGAUAUUCAGUGGACACGAAAAGUAUUUGCACACUAUUGUACUUGACUAUUGUAGCGUUUAUAUGGUAUUCAACUAUUUGGAGCAUGCUGAUGUGAAAAAUAUCCCAUUUUUUUUUAGUAUUUGAACGUGUAUGAUGAAACGUUGUUCGUACUACCUUUAAAUUGUGAAAUUUUGUACUUCAGAUUGUUAGAAUAAAAUUAUCCUACCACAUUUUAUAAAAAAGAAAAAUUCUGUGCAGAUAGAGUCAUUUUUUAUCUUAAAAUAUUAUGUCUCAAAGUGUCUCAAAGGUUCAAAUUAUUUAUAAUUCUAUAUUAAAGAAUGAUUGAAAAAUGAAGCAUCCUUCCGUCUGUUUUUGGUUCCUCAAUUUUAUAUAAAAUACAAAAGAUCAAAUUUACGAAAAGUAAAUUUCUUAUAAUUUUAUGAAAAAAAUUGUACAAUAAAUUUUAAGGAAUCUGUAUAUUUAUAUAUUUGUAACAUAAAGAGUAGAUUAAAGCUUCAUGAGAAAAAAUUAUAUAACAAUCUACUUGAGCUCAUUUCAAAGCAUGAAGCCUCUACUUUUAUAAUACUGCAUUCGUUUUCUUUUUAAAUUUUUUAUUUCAUUUGUCAUAUUUAAAAGAUAUAGAAACACAGACAAAUUGUUCCCAGAGAUUUCACUAACAAUAAAUUUCAAAAUUAAAAAUUCAGAAGCUAAUUGUCAGUUCAACUUCGAAAUUUUCUGUAAUUAAUGUGUCUCGUGAUUGAUGAAUUAUUCAGUUUCAAAAUCAAGGGACCAAAAACACGGUGAUUCUUUGAAUAAUCUUUAUGUAAAUUUAAUACUAUGAAAUAUUACGAAACGUAGAAUCUGAUUAAAACGAAAAAGCUUUAUUGAAAAAUGAAGGUGUGUGCAAAUGCUUUUGUAUUUGUAAAUAGAAAAAAUUUGUUGCCUUUACUUCUAUAUGUACUUUUUAAUAAGCAAAGUAUGGAUAUUUCUUGAAGUAUUAGUCUUGAGAAGCAAAGAAACUUGGAUGAUUCGAUGUGAGAAAUCGAGAAAUCAUAUUUAGGGAAUGUUGUUGAGUAAAAGUCGACGAUACGGAAAGAACGAAAAAGAAAAGAGAGAAAUUCUAAUAUAUAUUUAAUUAUUAUUAUAUUAAUUAACUAUUUAAUAUACUCGCGCGUCUAACGAAGGUAUAUACUCGAGGAAUAUGCUCAAAAGUCUUAGGACAAAUACUGCAUUUAUUUGAAAACUGGAAAAAUUGAACAACAACAACGUCUGUAAAUUGUUGAUCGUAUUAUAUAAUUCACUUGCAAUUUAAAAAUUUUAUCGUCUACGAUAAACACUGAAUAAUAAAAAAUAUUAAAUAUAAUACAUGAUGUUUAAAAUGAUGUAAUGUUGGUAUCAUAUUAUAAUAUUAUUUAUAUAUAUAAUAUAACAUAUAGUUCAUGAAAGUAUUCAAAUACUUGUAAGAAUAUUUUAUGCAUAUAGUAUGUGUGUCGUGUAAAACAUUUUGAAAUUUCAUUGACCUUGUUCUGAGGUUUAACUCUGAUAAUCCUUAUCAUCAUAAUCAUAUUAAUCAAGUUUCUAUAUUUAAUAUAUAAAAAUUACAAGACAUUUAAUAUUUCUUAAUCAUAACACACACACAUAUGUGAAAAUCAAUCACAUAAGUAUUUAAACAGUCAUAAUCCAUUAUAUCAAUAUUCCUCAAUAAUCAUCUUGGAUCAAGUUAUAUUUAAUAGUCAUCAUUGAUACUUAUUAUAUGCUUCAGAUGACUAUAAUGAUUUUUUACAAAAUACGUGUUACAUUUGCAAUAUAAAUACAUAUACAUUAUCAUAACAAUAUCUCGCUGUACUGUUAAUGAAAUUUCAAAACGUUUCAUACGCGUAAUACAUGAAAAUGUUGCUAUGAUGGGCGUUGGAAUAUUUUCGUGAGCCACUGUGUAUAAUAUUAUAAUAUGUUACAUACAUUAUAAUAGUAAUAAAACAUUGGAAAAGAUGUCGUAGGACUUUCGAGCGGAAGUGUACGUUCGUUCAGAAUUUUCUAGUUGAUAGUUAGCACACUUGGCAACCACUAUAAACGUUUAAAGACGUUGCUCUAUCUUGUUGACGUAUACAUUGUAUCCAUUGUCUCGCAGAGAAUAAACGGAAUCCGUACAACA